GAAUGUUCAGUGUUGUAGCGUUGCAAUUGAUUACCAGAAUAAUUGAUCUUGUGGGUGUUCGUUUCAAUGGUUUACGUGUCAUACGAACGUGUGUGGUGAAAGUUUGACGUAGGCAAAUUAUUCAAGUUAUCAUACAGAGAAAAUGUUGCUAUUAAAUUUUUAUUUUCAAAUGGCAUGGGCUUAUAUAGCUUCUGUCGGUUGGUAUAUCGUUGCUUUAAUAGGAGUAAUAUGGUAUACCUAUCCGUAUAUUCAAGAUAAAUAUACAAACUGGAAAAUUAAGAAAGACGAGGCAGAAUAUGCAGCAAAAUAUCAUAAGAAUUCUGAUCUUCUGCAACAAAGAUUGUCAGCAGUGGAAGCUUCUAGACAAAAAAUGCAAGAACAAUAUCUUAAAUCCACUUUAAUAGCAAAGGAAAAAGAAGAAGAACGGAAGCAAAAGAAAAAAGAAGAAGUUAGUAAUUUGCUAGACGAUGAUAUUAUGAGCCAAGGAAGUAAAGAUGAACCCUCUACAUCGAAAGGACCAAAGUCAAAAGCAUUAAGACGAGGGUAUAAUCCAUUAAUGGGAGACAGUUCUCGAGGCUAUAGGCCACCCAAGCGCAGUUGUUGUGGAAAGGGUGGAUGUGGUUAAUUAUACGAAAAUGUGCCAUAGACUCAUUUACUUUAUCCAUUAUGCAAAUUUCUUUCUAUUAAAGAAAAAUUAAGAACGGUAGCAGUUUAUAUGUAACAAGACAUUUUAAAUAUGAAAAUAAAUGUAAGUAUACAAAUA